AUGGAGAAGCAAUGGAGAGGCAGGCGUGACUGCGCGAGGUCUGCCAAGAGGGGGCGAUCCAAAACGGGCCUAGCGCCAUCGGCCUCCACGGCGCGCACGCGUCUCCCUCUGGCGGCCAAGCGCCCGGCUUCCUCGGCCGGAAACGACCUGCCCGGCCCUCAGCCCGCCCUUGUCGAGACGUCCUCGCAGCAGACGUCCGACCGCGCCUCCUCCCCUCAGUCUCCUCAUCAAUUCCCCGUCCUCCUCCAGCAAUUCUCGCUGUCUCGUGCUGCGAACUCCCAGGGACGACCUUCUAGGCUGCUUCUGGCGCUGCCUGCGCCCGCCCUGCCUCGCUUCGGCGCCGUGCCUCCCGCGCUCGCUUGUCGCUGUUGGUCUCCCAGGUCGAGCAGAGCACCUUCACCUCCCUCCUCCCAUCGCCUCCGCGCCGCGCCAUCCUCCCUCCUCCAACCUCACCACCCAUCCGCGUGGUGCAGACACCCCCGCUUCGUACCCGCCUCCCGCAAGACAGGACGAGUUCCCUCUCUCGCUCCUGCGCCCUUCUUCCUCCGCAUCCUACCCUCGAAUCCAUCCAUCGUCAAUCUCCUGAUGGCGAGCGCUUCGUCCUUCUUGAGCCACCUCGGUGGCCGCCCGCCGCGAUACCGCACUCCUUCCCCCCCGCGACGCGCCGUCGAGCCCAUCUCGCCAUCCGUCAACUCCGACGCCCGCAUCCCCUGGAAUGAGCGCAACGCCUUCCGGCCAUCGGAUCUCGCGCGCGACACAUACUUUCAGAGCAAUGACAGCCGUCGAGUUCCGGAUGGUGCUGGCCAUCACCAGCAGCCCUCGACGGACAGUCAGGCUUCUCAUCCCCGAUCCGGCCAGAGCCAUCACCGCUCCGGCUCGACCAUAGACACCCUUGCGACGAUUGCGUUGGCAACGAGUCCCACUUUCGCGCAUCUCCCGUACGAGCCUUCUCAUCCUCAGAAUACCGCUGCGGCUGGUUCUCCGCAGCUGAUGAGACCCCGCGACGGCACCGAUGAACGACCCGCUAAGCGUGCGCGAUCGGAGAAAGAUUUCUCACCGUCUCUCGAACGCGCUGAUGCCAGACCGUUGACGAGCCAUGCUUCUGUCCUGGAUAGUAUGAAGACAGAUGCCGAGCUCCUCCUCAACUUUGCCAGACCCAGCAAUUUCCACUCUAUCCCCCCUGUUCCGAAGACGAGCUCUGGCAUCGAUGGAUCUUAUCAUCACUAUGGGACGGAGACAAAGUGGUCCACGGCCGUUAGUACCACUAGCGGAGGUAAUAAACCCUCGCCAUACGCGUUCCACGAGAAUGGAUUCUCUCCCUCCCGCAUCAGGUCUCACUCGGAUGGGUCUACGGCUAUUGCGCGGCCGGUCAUCCCGGGCUUGCGACCCAAUACGAGCUCCUCGACGCUUCCAUCUGUCACCUGGGAUGGUGAGGAGGCCAAGUACAAUGGCAACGAAACCACUCAGGCCAUGUCGGAUGAGUACAACAAGAAUAUGAAACCUCAAUCUCAGCAUGAGUCUGCCAAUGGAGUCGCCAUGGAGGCCAUGCCGGAGACGAAAGAGGAAGAUGCCGAUUCAGAUGACUCCAGCCAGGCAAGCUGCGCAGCUUGUAAUCUGGUGCGGAUCAGCGUCAACGGGGAGGAUCAGGGCGAGGUGACCUGGAUCAACUGCGACGGGUGCAAGCGGUGGUUUCACAUCGUCUGUGCGGGCUUCAAGAACGACCGUGAGGUCCGGACCGUGGACAGGUUCAUCUGCCGCGGAUGUCGACCCAUCCAUGGCCAAACCACCUUUGUGCGCAAGUCGUCUCGCGCCCGCACCGCCAUCGACUAUGCCGGUCUCAAUCAGGGUCUCGUCAAAACGUCGACCGACUCUCCUCAGCAUCACUAUAUCCAACCCAUCAAGGAGGGCAAGAUCCGCUUUUUGCCCGAGAACUUCCCACGCAUGAGAGCCGAACUGGUCACGGCCGAAUUCUUCGAGCGGGGUGUGGGCAUGACGGAGCCCAUUGUCAUCCCCGCGGAGCUCAACCCUCGCAACCCGGCCGUGUCGCCGGUCGAUCCUGAAUUCGACAACCUCGUCGCCGAGGCUCCGACGCAGGAGAUGUUUGAUGAAUUACUCGAACACCUGCCCGAGGGUGCGGACGCCGAAGUGGUCAUCGACUGUGGUCAAGAUCUGCUGGAUAUGGUCAUUCCUCAAGGUCUGACCGUUCGCAGAGUGGCGGAGCUCUAUGGUCCCGAGGAGAGAGUGGAGGUCAUCGAUGUGAAGUCUCAGCAAGGGGAAGAUAAGAAAUGGAACAUGCAGAAGUGGGCGGACUACUACGAGAGCACGGGAUCCAAGGUGGUUCGGAACGUCAUCAGUCUCGAGGUAUCCCAAAGCCCGUUGGGCAGACUGAUCCGCCGACCGAAGAUUGUGCGUGAUCUCGACUUGCAGGAUGCCGUGUGGCCGGAGGAGCUCAAGGCGAUCGGCGACUAUCCCAAGGUUCAAUUCUACUGUUUGAUGUCCGUGGCCGACUGCUACACAGACUUCCACAUCGAUUUCGGUGGCUCCUCGGUUUACUACACCAUCUUGAAGGGGAAGAAGACCUUCUUCUUCAUCCCUCCCAAGGAGAAGCAUCUGAAGAAAUACGAAGAAUGGUGCAAUUCUCCUGCCCAGGACACGACCUUCCUCGGUGAUCAGACCAAAGAGUGCUACCGGGUCGAUCUCCAAGAAGGCGACACGAUGCUGAUUCCCGCGGGCUGGAUUCACGCCGUGUGGACGCCGGAAGACAGCCUGGUGAUCGGUGGGAAUUUCCUGACACGCCUGAAUUAUGGGAUGCAGAUCAAGGUCGCCAAGAUCGAGAAAGAUACCAAGGUUCCGAGAAAAUUCCGGUAUCCUUUCUUCCAGAAGAUCCAGUGGUACGCUGCUCUGAAGUACCUGGAAGAGGAUCCCAUCCCGGACAGUGUGUGGGAGGCGUUUGCUCGAGACGAAAAUUAUCGUUUCUAUCGCGAAUUUCCGAUCUACUACGAAUUUGGGGAGCGAGAAAACAAAGCCCCUCGUGGAUCUCCUUACUACAAUGCGCGCUUUUACUCCCAAGCCGAGUUGGAAGGCUUGCACGAACUCGCGAAAUACCUUCUCCGGACUGCACUCAUUGCCGCUGGCUAUUCCGUGGAGGGAGUCACGACGGAGGCUAGAAAUGCGGUCAAGCGAUCCAUCCCGAAAAUGCAAGGCGAUCCCAUUGACGUUGUCAAGAAGUUUGGCGUGUGGGUUGCCUGGAAACGAGGGAAUGAACCCGCUCCUCAGUGGACCAGACCUGGCGUCAUCACAGCCAAUUUCAAGCUCGAGCAACUAGACAAGAAGCCAGCAGGCCGACCCAGUCGUCGAUCUGAACGCCAUGCGGAUGCUCAGCGAAUAUACGCCGAAAGACGGGGUCUGCAGCGUCUGUCUGAUCAGGGUGCCGAUGCCCCCCACGGUCUUGCGAACGGCGUGUCAGUGCCAUCUGACAACAGCACAUCGGUUCCCCACCAGGCUAGCAUAUCCAACCCUCCUGUCAAGGAAGAGGCGCCUAAGCCCCGUAAUGUCAACAAGGGUUCCGGCCUGGGACCAAAGAGGGUAGCUUGUGAUGCGUGCCGGAAGAGACGGAUCCGGUGUCGCCAUAAGGAUGAGCAAAAUGAUGCGAAUGCGAUGAGACCAUCGUCCGCGAAGCCGACGACGGCUAAUGUGUUCGACUCGGCGGAGAUGCAAAAUCAGUCGAUGUUGGCGCGGGAUGCUGCCUCCGUUUUGAACGCGCUGGCAUCUGUCGCCACGGAGACCGGUCUACAUGACGGCACCAAUGGCAUGGGUGUCAAUCGAUUUGAAGGAUACCCUGCUGAUGGGCGGAAUUCAGCUCUUUUGGAAAUGCAGCGAAACGCCGUCGCACGACCAACCGAUGUAAUCCCCAACGGUGUGAAUGUUGGGAAGAAAGGAAGAAGCAAGGCAUGCGACGAAUGUCGCAAGAGCAAGCGUCGCUGCAUCCAUGAUGAAUUUGGUAGGAUUGAUCCGAUUAAGGCACAAGAGCGUUCGAAACCCCGGGCUUCAGCCUCAUCUAAGCGACCCCGACCUGGCGAUGACGGCACGGUUUCCACGGCAAACAAGAAGCCGAGACAGGACACAUCUGCCGGUGCGGCAUAUCCUGUUAAUGUGACGCAAAAGGAAGACAACGUGGCUGUUGCAUCGGUGUCGGGUAAUGGCUUUGUUGCUGCAGAACACGAACAGGGUGACUACAAAGUCCCUUCUAGUGUCCAGUCACCCCCAGCAGAGACCGUUUCACCGGAGCAGCAUGCCAUGAAUAACGUCGGGUCGAACCAGGUCUCAUAUGGGUCCCCGCCGGCCGUCAAGGCAGAUGUUGAUGCAGACACGGUUACUGCUGUGCCGAUUCAGCCAACAGAGCCCGCGAGUUCUCUCGUGUCGCCGCCAACUUCGCUUGCCGGGGAGAAGGAUGACUCACCCGAACAGGGCAAUGAAGAGACGCGUAAAUCGGUGGAGGGAGAGCAAGAUGCGUUGCAUACUCCCACAUCAAGCUCUCGACACUCCUCUCGUCAGCCUCGACAGGUGGAUCGUUAUGUGCCGGAAGUAGUUCCGCCAAAGGCCACAAACAAGUCUUCUGCCCGAAACACGUCUACGAGUGGUACAAAAUCUAGCAGUGCGAAGAAGUCCGUAUCGCGCCCGACAUCGUCGCACGCGAAGAAGAGUGCUUCUCCUGCUCAUGACAAGAAAUCGGGCUCGUCCACGUCACCUCGGGCGCCGCAUAGCAAGAGCGCGAAGCAGCCGCACGGCUUUGCUGAGAGCGAGACCGAUCUGGAAAGCUUGAGACUGAUACGAGAACUACAAGAGCAAGAAUUCGGGCUACGGAAACGAACUGCUAGGGUUUGA